AUGGCUGCUGGGUUUGAGUUGUGGCUUUCAAAACGGUCAACCUGUUUCCUACUGAUGGCUUUUGAAGGGAUCUUCAAUGACACCGAUGCUCUCUUUAGCAUCCUUCAGUCCAAAACCAUGGAUAUCGGAUUCUGCUGUAAUCGCAUCAAAGACACAAUGAAAGUGUUGGACAGCAAGCGACAGGAUUUUGACCGUUUUCAUGCACACUUUGAGGAAAGAUGUGAUGAGAUGGAACUCGUUCACCACGAGACACAAGAUGGGCUGUCAAAAAAAACAGAACGAGCUCGCAUCUACUACUGCAUUCUGGACAAUGUCAAUGUUCAGAUGAAGACCAGGUUUGUGGAUAACUUUUCCGAUCUCGAUUUCAUUGGACUGGUAGAUUGCAACAAGUUUGAAGAGAUGUUGCGCCAGUUUGAAGACAGCAAACUGGAGAAGCUGUCAAAGUAUGCAAGUCACAUUGGUGGCGCUGACUGGGGGUUCUUUGACGCUUGUGGUGUGAAAAUAAAUGAAAUCAAAAGCGGUCCAGAGGACAUCACACCGGACAUCGCAAUCCAGCCGCUGCUCCAGGUCUUCAGUGGCCUCCACCAGCAUGUGUCUCUGCAGUGCUGGAGCUGUGUAGUGCUGCCUCACAUGGACCUCACAGAAGGAGGCAGUGCAAGUCAAGCAGGACUUGGAAGCCCUCUUUGGGCAAACAGCACAGAGAACACCUGUGGGUUCUGUUUUGUGUUGACUGCCCUGGGUGAGGAGGGGGAGGUGGAGAAGGAGCUGCAGGGCCUGAGGGAGAAGCUGUCCUCUCUGGAGGGAGUCAUCCAGCGCUCAGAGCCGCCUAACCUCAAAGCCCUGGAGAAGAUGAGGGAGAUCAGAGACAGCUUCAAGACUGUGGUGGACGCUUUUGAGGAGAGCACCAACAUGGCUCGUCGGCGUAAUCAUGAGUUUGAGCAGGUCAAAGCCAACCGCUUUCGUCUCUUCAGCCAGUGCUUCGAGCAUGUGUGUGUGGCCAUCGACCAGAUCUAUAAACAGAUGUGCAGGAACACCAGCGCUCAGGCUAUCCUCAGUGCAGAGAACCCUGACGAGCCUUACCUGGACGGCAUCAGCUACAACUGUGUGGCCCCAGGCAAGCGCUUCAUGGCCAUGGACAACCUGUCCGGGGGGGAGAAGGCCAUCGCCGCCCUCGCUCUCGUCUUUGCCAUUCACAGUUUCCGUCCCGCUCCUUUCUUCGUGCUGGACGAGGUGGAUGCCGCUCUUGACAACACCAACAUCGGCAAGGUGACAGGGUUCAUAAGGGAGCAGUGCAGGGAGAACUUCCAGGUGAUCGUCAUCUCGCUCAAGGAGGAGUUCUACUCCAGAGCAGACGUACUGCUGGGUGUGUACUCUGAGUCUGGAGACACCAUCUCCAGUCGUGUGCUCUCCAUAGACCUCACCCCCUACCCCCUGACUGAGGACACCCUCUCACAGAGAGACAAGGAGAUGUAGACAUGCAAACACACAAGGAGAUGUAGACAUGCAGACACACAAGGAGAUGAAGACAUGCAGACACACAAGGGGAUGGGGAGGAGAUGGGGUGGAGAUGUGGUGGAUCUCAGACAGAUGUGAGAGAUAUUUGAGAGGAGACAGAUGUUAAAGAGGAAACAGACGUCAGAGGAGUUUUGUUUGAAGCUUUGUUGGUUUGUUAAGGAUUUUAUGUUGACCGAGUUUGUCCGUUUGCGCAAAAUUUUAUCAAAACGCUUUUUUAUCCAGCUUUUACUAAAUUACUUCUUGACUGACAGAUUUAUUCUGUAUUCUGUAUUUUUGACAAAUUUUCAAAUGGCUCUUCAAGUUGUUUUUAAAUUCCCCCAAAUCUGCACUUUCAGUCAUGUUUUGACGAUGAUGUUGUUUAUACGUGUAGACAUGCAGUUUUACAGAGAGACACAAGGAGAUGGGGAGAUAUUUGAGAGGAGACAGAUGUUAAAGAGGAGACAGACGUUAGGGUUUGAAGCUUUGUUGGUUUGUUGAGGAGUUUUUGUUGACCGAGUGUGUCUGUCGAAACUUUUAUUAGAUUACUUCUUAACUGUCUUGACUUUGUCAUGUUUUGACGAUGAUGUUAAUACGUGGUAAUGUUGCAACGUUAUCUAUUUUAUUUGUUAUAUAUAGUUUUUAUGGUCAACUGUAAAAAGCAGUUAUCAAUAAAUUAUUAUGGCUUUGUGAACUUGUCAGUCGUUGGCGUUACAGACAUGUUGUUUCACUGUUCAAUGUCUACGUGGUCAUCAUGGAUCAAGCACAAGUGUUCCCU